AUGGCCGGCGUUACAGUCCAGCCGCCCCUCCGCACCCCUGUCGGCGGCGUCGGCAGCGGGCGCCCCAUCUCUGGCUUGAUCAUCAAGACUGACUUGCCCAUGUCUAGCUUCCCCGAGUACGUGGAUCCAUUUGCCUCGUCCGACGAGACCGUGAUGGGUUCGCCCACAAUCAUGAGCGUCGCACAUCGGCUUGUCGAGAAGGUUAAAGCCGAUGACCCUGGGAGGCACCCUUCGCCCCAGCCGACACAUGUCAGCUACCCGGGCAUGCCAAAGGUGAACGGCAAUGGCCACAGGGUUUUGCGCUCCGCCACUGUUGGUUAUGUCGCGCCGGAGUUCACAGGCAAGAAGGAGCAGAUGAAACUCGUUAAGGAGUACAUCACAAAAUGCGGGUGGAUCCCAGAAGCCCUGAUCGACGAGCAGGUGGCCUGGUUUUACAACGAACUGGGUAUCGACGAUGUUUACUUCCAAGUUGAAAACCCAGAGGUCGUUGCCAAGCACAUCACCUCUCUGUAUGCUGCCAAGAUCGCCGCCUUUUCGCGCGAAGACAAGCGUGAAGAAAUCCGCCUGGACAUGGAGGCGUCGGACCACGCCAUCUACAUCGACACGAGCGAGCCCGGCAAGACCGCCAUCGACGGCCCACGAUAUGAGCACCGCCUCGAGUCCAAGUACUUGGACGGCAGCGACACAUCAAAACGCUUCCGUGUCGAGACGUUCCGGUCGCCCGGUGUCAUCGGCCACGCGGAUUCUAAGGCGACGUUGCGCUGCUAUUUCGUCUACCAAUGCCAGUUCGUUGAGCCGAAUGCCGAUCCUAAGGAGACCAGGCUCGAGGUCAUCAGCGACCGCAUGUUCCUUGCCAAGGCAACCAAGAACACGAGGCAGAUCUACCAGGACAUCAUUGAAACCUCCGUGAGCAGGACCGGCCCGGUCAUCGAGGUGUUCGACAUUGAAGGAUCGCGUGAGAAGCGGUUGGUCGUCGCCUUCCGGUCGAGGACAGCAAGAGGAAUGUUCAGCGCCCUGAGCGACCUCUAUCACUACUACGGUGUUACGAGCUCUCGAAAGUAUGUCGAGCAGUUCUCCAACGGCAUUACGGUCAUGAGUAUCUACUUGCGGCCCGCACCGAACCUUGAUUCGAAGUAUCCGCCAAUCGAGGAGUCAAUCCACCAGAUUACCAAGGAGGUUUCGCUGCUGUACUGCAUGCCCCAGACCAAGCUGCACAACAUGUUCGCUUCCGGCGAGCUGAGUCUGCAAGAGACCAUCUAUGCGCACUGCGUGUGGGUUUUCGUGCAACACUUCCUGAACCGUUUGGGGUCAGAGUACGCUUCACUGAUGGCAGCGCUUGACCCCAAGAACAACGGCCACGCCGAGAUUCUCUCAAAGAUGAAGAAGCGUCUGCGCACCGAAACAUUCACUCCCGACUAUAUCCUCGAGAUCAUCAGCUCCCACCCGGAGCUCGUCCGUGCCCUGUACGCCUCGUUCGCCAACGUCCACCUGAAGGUUGGGCCCGGCUUUGACCGUCACUGCAUCGCGCCCACUCCCGCCACGGAGGUCCUCUCGGAUGCCAAGCUGAAGGAUAAGAUUACCAAGGAUGUCUCUAACGAGUACGAGGAAAUGGUCAUGACGGCGUUCCGCGUCUUCAAUAACGCCGUCCUCAAGACCAAUUACUUCACCCCAACCAAGGUUGCCCUCAGCUUCCGUCUCGACCCGUCAUUCCUCCCUGAGAUCGAGUAUCCGAAGCGGCUCUAUGGCAUGUUCCUCGUCAUUACCUCAGAAUCACGAGGCUUCCACCUGCGCUUUAAGGACAUUGCUCGAGGGGGCAUCCGCAUCGUCAAGUCCCGCAGCAAGGAAGCCUACUCGAUCAACGCUCGCAAUCUGUUCGACGAGAACUAUGGCCUUGCCAGCACGCAGCAGCGCAAGAACAAGGACAUUCCCGAAGGCGGCUCCAAGGGCGUCAUAUUGCUUGAUCCUAAGCAGCAAGACAAGGCUCGUGAGGCGUUUGAGAAGUACAUUGACAGCAUCUUAGACCUGCUGCUCAAGGCCGAGACACCGGGCAUCAAGAACCCGAUUGUCGAUCUUUAUGGCAAAGAAGAAAUCCUCUUCAUGGGACCGGAUGAGAACACGGCAGACCUCGUUGACUGGGCGACGGAACAUGCUCGCAACCGCGGCGCCCCCUGGUGGAAGUCAUUCUUUACUGGAAAGUCUCCGAAGCUUGGGGGUAUCCCUCACGAUACCUAUGGCAUGACAACUCUGUCUGUGCGCGAGUAUGUGAAGGGCAUCUAUCGCAAGCUCAACCUGGACCCAUCAACGGUCAGGAAGAUGCAGACGGGUGGCCCGGACGGCGACUUGGGAAGCAAUGAGAUUUUUCUCAGCAACGAGAAGUACACGGCCAUCGUUGACGGCUCGGGUGUCUUGGUUGACCCUAAUGGAAUUGACAAGGAGGAGCUGCGCCGCCUUGCGAAGAAGCGCCAAAUGAUUGCGCACUUUGACCUGUCCAAGCUGUCCAAGGAUGGCUACCGGGUUCUGUGCGAGGACACCAACGUCGCCUUGCCGACUGGAGAGGUUGUCAACAAUGGCACGGCUUUCCGGAACACAUACCACCUUCGAGACACGGGUCUGACCGACAUGUUCGUGCCCUGCGGCGGUCGGCCCGAGUCGAUUGACCUGGUGUCAGUGAAUAAGCUCAUCAAGGAGGGCAAGUCGACAAUUCCGUACGUGGUCGAGGGUGCCAACCUCUUCAUCACACAAGAUGCCAAGCUGCGUCUCGAGCAGGCCGGCUGCAUUGUGUACAAGGAUGCCAGCGCCAACAAGGGUGGUGUGACCAGCUCCUCGCUCGAAGUGCUUGCAUCUCUGAGCUUCGACGACGAGGGCUUCGUCAAGCACAUGUGCCACGACGCUCAGGGUAACGCACCCGAGUUUUACAAGGAGUACGUCAAGUCGGUGCAGGAGAAGAUCCAGGAAAACGCCCGGCUCGAGUUCGAGGCCAUCUGGCGCGAACAUGAGCAGACGGGGGUACCACGAUCUAUCCUGUCAGACAAGCUGUCAUUGGCCAUCACGACGCUUGAUGAGGAGCUGCAGCACUCGGACCUGUGGGAGAAUGAGACGGUCCGGCGCGCCGUGCUGGCGGAUGCCCUGCCGAAUCUGCUGAUCGAAAAGAUCGGCCUCGACACCAUCAUCCAGCGUGUGCCUGACCCGUACCUCCGGGCCAUCUUUGGCAGUUACCUGGCCAGUCGGUUCGUGUAUGAGUGUGGCAGCUCGCCGAGCCAGUUUGCGUUUUAUGACUUGUGA